ACUGUUUUGUUUGUCGGCAGUUUAGUUUGUGUUCGCGUUCUCUAACCUUCAAACCAUACAACAGGUAGUGUCACAAAGUACACAGUUUUACUUUGAAUAGACAUCCACUGAAAAAUGACGAAAACUACUGAGGAAGCAGGAUACGAUCUUGUUCAGGCUUUACUCAAGUUCAAUGACGGUUCUCAUGGUGGUAGAGAACGCAUGGUUCAUAAGCCAGCUUGGAAAAUGCUUUUUUUGAUGCUGAAAUAUCUGAACUGUUACCCAGAAUUCACUCCCUUACCAUAUCAACUGACUCCAAUAAUAUUGCACAUUCCACCUGAAUAUCAUCAAAUCAUCCUUAAGGAUCCGAUGGUCAUUAGAAGACGUUAUGUAGAAUUAUUGCCAAUCAAAUAUGGCUAUCGAGAAUUUUGGAGAAAUCACAUAAAUCGUUCAAGGGCACUACCUUAUCAAUAUUUAUUGUGGGAAGGUGGUUUCGUAUUAAUUGUGUUUUGUUUUUAUGCAAUUGGGGAUAAUGUUGUACGUGUGGUGAACAUUACCAUUCAUUUUUCAAAAAAAGAUGUAAAACCUGAGCCUUUAUGCUAUCAAGAUAAGCUCAUGCUUGAAGAGUGUUAUCCCCUGGAUACGUUCAACCUAGGAUUUGCAUUACCCAAACCAGUAUCGAUUAAUACAAACAGGUGGACGAUUCUACGAGAGCUGAAAGAAUGUAAUGACAAAAAAGGUAACGAACUGUUUCUGUUAUCGUUAACGCCAUUAAUGAACGAAUUGUCUGACCAAGUCCUUAUGGAUACAAGACGCAAGAUAUUAGAAUUAUUAGAAGAUGCUAUGAGUUGGAAAAGAAAUGUUGACCAUUAAAGAAGUAAAAUAUUUUAUAAAAAUAAAUUAAAGAAUUACAAUUUAAUGAUAUGUA